AUGAACGCUCUGGUCCAGACCUGCCUCCUGUCCUAUGUAGUGUGCAGCGCUCUCUGUGUGUGGGGAUCCGGGGCCAGCUUCUCCAUAGACCUGGGUGGGCAGACGGAGGGUCCAGCCUCAGGGGAGGGUCUCCAGGCUUCCGCCAACGACGAUGACGAGCUGGAGCUGCUGGAGCACGACGAAGAGCCGUCUGGGGUUUCUCACUAUAGCCCACAUGUCACCAGCCAACAGAAAGACGAGAACGAGAAGAAGAAAAAGAAGGGAAAAGGCAAGAGGAAGAACCGCCACAGAGUCAAAAGCACCACGGCCAUCAACCCGGAGCACACGGAGAAAACCUACCACACCAGCGGCUACACGUCGGCCUCCUCCUCCUCUUCCUCCUCCACCACAGAAGACCCCUGCUCCUCCUCCCACCUGGACUUCUGCAUCCACGGCCACUGCCACUACCUGGAGGGUCUGCACGAGCCCGUCUGCAUUUGUAUGAAGGGGUACGUGGGGCUCCGCUGUGGGAUCCAGACCCUGGAGACCAAACUGCCCUCUGAGGACCAGAGCCGUGCCGAGCUGGUCCAGACCGUGUUAGUGGUCAUCGCGGUGGUUCUCUCUGUCCUCAGCUGCACGGCCAUCGUCCUGCUCACCUGCGCUCAUUACCGCUCCCAUAAGAACUUCCUGGCGUCGUAUCUUGGAAGCAAACAGGGAGAAGCACCGGAGGGAGCAGCGGAUCUAGAGUGGGCUGCUUCGAUAGACGGCGUGUUCCGGGAUGAGCAGAAGUCCGUGUUAGAAUGUAAUUUAUUGUAG